UACACACUCAUUAUUAUUAAUUAUUUGUUCUUUAAAAUAAAAAUGAGUUCGAUUUAUUUUUAUAUAGAUUUUAUAUUAGGAUAGUAGUGUUUUAUUUUGUGUGCAUUACAGACAAAAAAAAACAGCCUUUUUAUAUUACAUCCCUGGAACAUAAUUUAGGUCUAAACGGGUUAAGUGCAUGCAAUAGAUUUGGGACAGGUUGGUGUGCAGAACGAAUUAUCCUAAAUCAUAUUAUGCUGGACCUCACUGAUGCUCUAGUAGGGCUGAAUGCUUUAAAAUCCACACAGCAAUAGUGUAAAACAUUCCCAGAGAGAAGGUGCUGUUACCGCAUAAAAAGACACAAACACCCUCUUAAUUUGAACCCAAGCUCUAAAAUACUGGGUAUAGUACAGAAUGCUGUGCCACAAUGGCAUGCCAUAUGGUGUCAUUAUAUCCUUUGCUAUGCUUUCACUUCCUCAUUCAGAGCAGCUUUAAACACGGGGAGAGUAAACGCUCCUCUGACUUUAUCUCUCAGCUCGUUGACACAGAGCUAUCAGAAGGCAGUUCUUCACAUCAUUACUUCAACUGAGAAUCUGGACCAGGAGGAUGCUGUGUGAAAGCAGUCUGUGGCGCAUUGCGUUUUGUGCAGACUCUGAAUGUGUGGACCCUGCAGCUGGCUUUCCAGCAGCAUCUGCGCAAUCUAAAGCACUGACUUCACCCCUGUCGGCCCAAAUGCUGCCUCCAGUCCGUUCAUCCUCGAGGAAGAACAGCAUCAGCUCCUCUGAAGAGAGCCAGUCACAGCAGGGUGACUCUCAGAGUUCUUCUCCACUAGACUGGCGGCGGCUCUCUCCAGGCGUAGGCAUUCCCGGGAGAGGAGAAUCCUCAGGAGCUGAAGCUUUCCUGGUGCCCUCCAGCUGCCACAGCAUCUGCCAGCACUACAGUGAUCUGCACAUCGCAGGGGGCCAGGUGCUGCCUCUCAGUCCCAGUGCUGGAGAUCCAGAGGGCAGCGACUUGCAGGACCUCCAUCCUGGACCCUUCCUGCUAUCCAGAGACGUUCCUCCUCCCUCUUUGCUUCCACCUCUCCAGGACCCUGAACCGAAAACCUCCAGAUGGAGGGAAGGCAGUGGACGGGAUCGUUCCUCUCUGUUGCAGGAUGGUCGUCCACUCUCUAACUCCCAGUUGAACAGCUACCUGGAGCAGAAGCUUUUGGAGCUAUACAAAGAGUACCUGACUGACGGCCCUGCUGGGCAACGGCCCCUCAUGGCCUCAGAGAUUCUGCAGAGCAGCCUGGGGCAGAUCACACUGCAGCUGAGUCGAGAACAGAAGCUGGAGGCAACACGGGCCAAAGACAUGCUGUUGAGUUUUGUGCUGAGAGCCACCGGCAACUCGCAGUCCAGCCAGAUCAGCACCCCACAGCUGCAGAUCUCCUCCCAGACAAAGUGAAAGAUGUGGGAAGAAGUAAAAGGGAAACUCUUGGAAAAAGACACUGUUGUUCAAUGUGCAAUCUCCGUUUUUUGCCUGUUUUUAGUUUUCUGCAUUGUUUGAACCCUGUAGCUGAUUCAUCCACUGUGCAGAUAACUUCUGAUAAAUAAACCAAUAUACAGUAGUUCCUUAAAAAUUACUUGGAUAAACUUUUAUUUUACAUUAGCUUUCAUUAAAAGUUUAGAACAA